GGUAGGAGCAGCAGCGGACCAAUCGGCUGCGAUCGAGCCAUUCAGCCGAGCUACCCUCGACGGAGGGGAUGAGAGCUUAAGUACACCGGGAAGACUCCUCGAUGGGACACUUUGGCUCCUGCACUUCCUCGACGAGUGUUUGUGAUUCUUGUGAGUUUGAGUCAUCGCCUGGUGAGGAGAUUGAACAUUUCGACAGGGGUUCACCCUGUCAUUUGUAAAAGUACAAGAGAUCGUUUUGCGAUUUUUCGCUCAACUCUUUGAAGGAAGCUAUAGUUCGAAGCAGAAAUGAGUGGAUCGGGCAAAGGGUUGCUGGGAAUGUGGCUGUACAGGAGGGACGAAGAGUGGACCAUCAAGGAGGGCAGUCCCUUGCACAAAAGUCGCGACGUGCCAGCGGUCGAGAAAGUCGCCAACGGCGACACUAAAAACUCCGUCGUAUUCUCCCUGAAAAAUCAAGUAGGCGGUCUCGCCCGAGCACUCCAAGUCUUCCAGGACCUCGGGGUGAACGUCGUGCACAUAGAGUCUCGAAAGUCGGUACGUCGCGGCUCCGAAUACGAGAUCCUGGUGGACGUCGAGUGCGACAGCAGGCGUAUGGAGCAGCUCACGCGGAUGCUCAGCCGCGAAGUGGCCGCGAUCAAUUUAGCCCAGUACGAGGAGAUCGGCAGUGUGCCGCAUCCACCGCUGUCGGCUGCGCCGAGCUUUGAUUUUAGUGAAGUUGACAUGGUGUGGUUCCCUCGGAAAAUAGCAGACUUGGAUCAGGCGCAGAGAGUACUCAUGUACGGCGCCGAAUUGGACGCCGAUCACCCUGGCUUCAAGGAUCCGGUAUACCGCAAGCGACGCGAGCAGUUCGUGGACAUCGCCAACAAUUACAAGUACGGAAUGCCCAUUCCGAAAAUACAGUACACAGCCGAAGAGGUGAAAACCUGGGGAACGAUUUUCCGAGAGCUGCAUCAACUUUAUCAGAAAUACGCUUGCAAGGAGUUUCUCGAGAACUGGUCUAAGCUUGAGAAAUACUGCGGUUACAGGGAAGACAACAUACCGCAGCUGCAGGACGUUAAUACGUUUCUAAAAAAAUCGACAGGAUUCCAACUACGCCCAGUAGCGGGUUACUUGUCGCCUCGCGAUUUCCUGGCUGGCCUGGCUUUCCGCGUAUUCCACUGUACUCAGUACAUCCGUCACUCUUCGGAUCCGUUCUACACGCCUGAACCCGACUGCUGUCACGAGCUCCUAGGACACAUGCCUCUCCUGGCAAACCCAAGCUUCGCUCAGUUUUCCCAGGAGCUCGGACUCGCCUCCCUUGGAGCAGCGGACGAGGACAUCGACAAGCUCGCGACCCUUUACUUCUUCACGGUGGAAUUCGGACUCUGCAAACAGGACGGCGACCUGAGGGUCUACGGAGCUGGACUGCUGUCGUCGAUCGCCGAGCUGAGGCACGCCGUCUCUGCGCCGGAGAAGACUUUCAGAUUCGAGCCUGAAGUUACUGUCAAGCAGGAGUGCAUCAUCACGGCUUUCCAGAACGCUUAUUACUAUACGGAUAGCAUCGAAGAGGCCAAGGAGAAGAUGCGACAAUUCGCCAGCCAGAUAAAGCGGCCCUUCGGUCUCCGCUACAACCCGUACACCCAAUCGGUAGAAGUCCUGACCGACGCCCAGAAGAUCACCGCAGUGGUCAGCGAGCUUCGCGGCGAUUUGUGCAUCGUCUCGAACGCCUUGCGCAAGAUUCACGAGCAGGACGAGAGCGUGAACGUCGAGCGCAUUACCAGCCUCCUGACCCAGGGCAUCGAUCUCCAGCUGGAGACGUCGUCGUUGCACUCGUCCUCUGGUAGCGAUUCCGAUGAUAAGAGUCCGAAUAGAGACGAGGGUGUCAGGGAUGACGCCAGCAAUCCCAUGACGAGGCAGUUUUAAGCUGUAAAAAUUUAACGAUAUAAUGUCGAUGUGAAUAUGCUGAGCGUCAGAGCGAUAUGUAUUGUGAGAAGUUAAAGAUUAGAAUUUCAGGGGAUGAGAUAGCGUUAUACCUAUUUAUAUUUCAAAGUAUUUAUAAAUUAUGCAUGCUUUGUUUAUGUAUGAUAUUAUUGUAAUUGCAGUUGCAUCUAUUACGAAUUCUGUUCGUUAGAAAUGUAAUUAUUCAGUGUUACGACAAUAUAUACAUUAUAGAAAUCCUA